GGUCGCGCUGGUCCCCGGCCGGCCGGAGCGGCGGCGGCGGCACGGGGCAGCAUGAGGGAGCCGCUCGUGUGGGUCCUGCCAACGCGACGGUCCCAGGGGCUGAGCUUUGAUGAAGCCGGGGCACUAUGUACAGCGUAGAAGACCUCCUGAUUUCUCAUGGAUACAAAGUGUCACGAAGUAUCCCAGCGCCCACCGAGGACGAGCGUGAGGGCCGCCGGCAAGCCAGGAGCCGCGCCAGAGCUGGCCAGGGCCUGCUGAAUGGGUGCGACGAUGGCCCCGCAGCCCUCCCCCCCAGCAAGCCGUCCCAGGGGAAGGGACCUGCGAGCACCUCAGAAAACAGCCACCACGCCCCCAGAGCCCGUGGAGAGCCCCAGAGCGCUUUGGCUCCCAGAGCUUCUGAGCUGGGGUUCUAUCAUCAGCCCGUGCUAAGGUGGUCCUCUCAGCCCCAGACUGCUCACGACCACGCCUACUGGAGAAGAAGAGGACAGGAGGUCAGUGGCCUGCUGGGGCCAAGGGACCGAGAAGAUCUGGAGGUCAGGGGAAUGGCCCAAGCACACAGUCUGCCCGUCCACACGAGGGAGGGCCCAUGGGAAGUUGGAGGAAGGACAGAGAAUGUAAUGAAGAAGGCAGUUUGGGAAGAAGAGUUGAGAAUGGCAGGACCCGCCAAGUGGCAGAAUAUAAGCCUGGAGAGCUGGAACCAGCCAAGGAAAUUAGGGCGGCAGAUGUCUGAUGGUGACGGGGAGAAAAUGUUUCAAGAUCUGUACCCAUUCAUGCAAGGAGAGCAGGCAUUGAAUUCCCAAAGCAAAGGGAAAUCCCAGUCCUUGCCCAGGGUUCUUUCCCCUGAGAGCCUGAGUUGCAUGGACAUUCCCAUUCCAUUAAAUGAUGGACAUUUUCCAGGUGUUCCUAAAAUGCCAUUUCAUCCCCCAAAUUGUGCACCAAAUUUGGAAUCCACAAGGAACCCCGAGAAGAGCGGCUCCUCGGUCCCUUUACCCCGGCCUAAGUUUGGGCGGCCCCUGAAGCCCCCGUCUUAUGACUCUCACCAGCACUCCAGGGCGGGAGUGGAGAACAGCGAUUCUCCGGACAGUCAGCGGGCAGACCUGUGCGUCUCCUACUUGAGCAGAGCUCACGAGCCCAGGCUGGAGCUGUGUGCGUCCGACUCUGGCUUAGAGCCUCCGGUGUACGUGCCUCCGCCAUCGUACCGGUCACCGCCCCAGCCCAUCACCAACCCCUACGUGGAGGAGGCAGCGCCCAGGCCUGUGUGUGGCGGUCCCCGUCAGCAGCAGCUUGCGAUGGAGCUGGCCGGCGCCAGCUGUCAGCUUCCUGCCGGCCCCCUGGGAGCCGGGAACGAGUCUGGUGCAAGCCCACGCUCUCCUCGCGGGGUCCCCCAACAGCCCCGGCCCACCACCGCUUACGACAGCUCCGUUCUGUAUAUUCCCUUUGACGACCCCCGGAUCCGACAUUUCAAACUAGCCCACCCCCAGGGUUUCUGUCAGGAAACAAAAGUUGAUGAGAAGUCCUACAGCUCCAGCCCCGGCCCCGCUGGGGCACCUGCUCCUGGACACAGUCAACACGAUGGCGCCGUCUUCAGCCCGCAGAGUGUGAUGACCCCGCCAGGCAGUGUGAGGGGCUCCACCACCACCGAUGCCAGUCCCCGGUGGCUGUGGGGCCACCUCCCCAGGGAUGCAGAGAACGGCGGCUUUUCCAACCAAAGAGAGCACAGUGCUGUGAGAGGACAGUGGCCUGCCGCGGGGGGCAGCCGGCAUGGACACACGGAAGGCCCAGCCCCCUCCCCGAGCCCGCAGGGCGAGAGUACCUGCGAAACUCGAACCAAGCUCAAGAAGCUUGGAACUGGGACUCAGAGCAAGGAAAGUUCAAGGAAAAAAAUGAACGAGACGAUAUUUUGUUUGGUUUCCAUCCCAGUUAAAUCCGAAUCACAUCUGCCAGAUACGGAUACGAACAACAAUGACUUAAAACAGAGCACCCAUAAAAAGAAUGGGCUUGAUAAGAGCACAGUUUUGCAAGAACAAAGUCUGCUGAGCAUGUCUUCCACCGACCUGGAGCUGCAGGCUCUCACAGGAAGCAUGGCUGGGAGAACAGAGUUCCAGAAACAAGAUCUGGGGGAACCAGAAGAAGGCAAACAAACAAAUGACCUCAGAUUCAUUCACCCUACAAAACACAGAGAGCUCAAGUAUUCUGGCUCGUGGCCAGGGCACCAGUACAGAGAUCAGCAAACACAAACCACUUUCACGGAGGACACCAAAAGCCCACAGCCCCUCCCUGCCGAGAAGGCGGGAGGGUCCCCCAAAGCUGUACUGACUCCCAGAUUUUCAGACCCCGUGGCCUCCAAACCUCACGUGCCUGUGGCGUUGGCUUCCAGUGACCAGAACCAGAGGCCAAAGGCCCCUCCCCUCAAAGGUCAAAUGUCCCUCAGCCCCUCCAACAACAGCGCCUUCUCAAGGACUACGUCCUGCAUACACCAGGCACCCGCUCCGAAAGCAGGGCCCGGUCGGGCCUGCGUGGACGGCCAAGGCCGUGGCUCCAGCCCUGGGCCCCGGGGCGAGGUGGUGAAGGGGGAGACCACUGGCCCCUGCAACAGCAGGCAGCUGUUCGGGCAGUUUCUCCUGAAGCCCGUUAGCCGUCGCCCCUGGGACUUGAUCAGCCAGCUCGAAAGUUUCAACAAGGAGCUGCAGGAGGAGGAAGAAUGCGGUCAGAGUGGCAGCGACAGUCGCAGUGAGGACAGUGACACAGAGUGGCCGUGCGAAGGCUAUGCCGAUGCCACGGGCAAGAACUGGGGCUGGCGUGAAGACAGCGGGGCCUGGAGAGCUGAGGAUCCCCGAAAGAGGCUGGCGCUGGAGGAGCCCGGGGCCCAGCCGGGAAGAGUGAAGAGUAAGUCUGAGAGCUGGAGCGAGGAGCAGAAGCCCAGCCGGCCCCGCGCCCCGCCUCAGUCCCCUCCGGGACCCACGACGACAGUGGGCGGCGGCGCUGAAGACUACCCGUGGGCACAUGGAAGCCUGGUAACGCAGGAGGGACACCAGGACGUCGAGCAGAGAAUGAACAAGCUAGCCGUCAGCCCGGGUCCUGUGCACAGAGUGAUGUCUUCUAGGUCAAGUGACGCAAACCCGGUGCCCUCGUCCCAUGCAGCUGAGCUGAGGCCGCCCCAGGGAAGUCAGGAUCUGCCCAAUGCUUCCCUUUCUGGGGAGCUGAGCACCCCAACCCCUCGGACGACUGGGGCUGGAGGGGAGAGGAGCCCGCUGCUCCCUCUCUCUCUUGCCAGCAAACCCCGAGGACUCUCGGCCCCAGACUUGAGGUCUGUGGGGCUGCUGCCCGCACAGGAGCAGAGUGCCCAUAAGUUGGAUGGGUCUUUAGGGGAAGCGAGUGCAAUAGAAAUCCCCCCGAAUGAGUCCCUUCAAGCGAGGGCUGCGAGGAUCCUGGGCAUUGAGGUGGCCGUGGAGUCCCUGCUGCCGGGCGCCAGGAGAACGGGGCAGAACCAGCACCCUGAGCCUGAUGGAAGUGCUCGCGGGCCGGAGGCCCCCAGGGAGGGGUCUGAGUCCAGCUCAGCCCAGCCGGAUGACCCCCCGGCGUCCAUGGACGCCUUUUAUGGCAGGAGAAAGUGCGGCUGGACCGAAAGCCCUCUUUUUGUAGGGGAGAGGGACAGUGCCCGUCGGCCUCCCCCAGCUGCUGAACACUCAAGGGUGGACAGGACUGUCCCCAGCAAGGCCCCCAGCCCCGAGCCUCAGCCCAGCCCCCAGGAGUCCCAGUCCUUCAAUCCCAAGGACAUGGGGACAAAAUCACCCUUCAGGUCCACUCUGUUCCAUUUUAUAGAAAGGACCCCAAAUGUGUCAGGCUCAGAAAAGAGGCUCAGAAGCACUUCCAAAGUGAUUGAAAGUUUACAAGAGAAACUGGCCUCGCCCCCGAGGCGAGCAGACCCUGACCGCUUGAUGAGGAUGAAAGAGGUGAGUUCUGUGUCUCGGAUGCGGCUGCUGAGCUCCCGGAGUGCUGACACCAUGGAGGAGGCUGAGGGACUGAAGGCCGAGAGGGGCCCCGGGGAGCCGCCUGGAGGCCCCGUGUCUUUGAAUGCCGGGGACAUGGCGCGGAAGGCCGGGCACCCCCUCUCUGUCUCCGGGGGCGCCCCCUCGCUGGAAGAAGAUGGGCCCCCGUCGGCGCAGAGGGAGAAGACGACCGUCCGGCAGGACUUCUGGUGCCCAGGUGAGGAGUCGGGCGAGCAGAUUCCUAUGACCCUAGCAGGGUGGAGAGAGUGUGAGGAGAUGCCAGUGAAAUGCGGGAUUGCUAGGCUUCACUCACCGGGUGUCGUCCCGUCUGGCCUGUCUGCCUGGCUCACCCGCGUGUAGGCUGGAGCCUGCUGGCUUGUUGGACGCGGUCACAGCCUCUCCCACUGCCACCAAGAAACUCCUCGUCCCUACAGAAUCACUUUGUGGAAAUAAAGCAGUAGUCCGUUGAAACCAUCUGUUUUCAUAAUAUGAAGAGUUAAUACCUCCAUUUAGAAAGGAGUCACAUAAACUCUGCACAAUGAUGGAUUUAGCCAAGCCUGGUAAAUAGUUUGGUGUUAAUCCGGUUCUAUGUGAAAAUGCGAACGAGAAUGAUUUUGAAAGGACUGUGAAUGUUGUAAAUCCCCCUUGGCCUCUCCACGGCCUGUGGGCCGUGCUCGCGGUAAGGAGUUUGGGACUUGGGCCAACUGCCCGGCGUUCCAGCACUUUGAGUUUAGGGGAAAUGGGAUGAAUAUAUACGACCCGUUUCUAAUCAAUUUGGCUUUCUGCUGCUGCAAGUAGCUCUAUAUACAAGUAACUUGCCAUCAGAGAAUAAAAGCAAUAUCUUUUUAAGUUCCUAAAAGAUUAAAACUUGUACCAUAAUGUACUCAGAAUAUUAUUUAUCUGCGAUGAAACACGUUGAUCAUUCGCAAACAUGCCAUCUUCCGCUUUGCCCUCAGUAUUACCUAUUUUUAUGUUCUGUACGGAUGUUUCGAAAUUCUUUAUAUGAAAAAUAAUUGCUGGUUUAAAAUAGACCAUUUUAACAAAGUAACUAUAUUUCUUUUUACAAAAAAUGCUAUUUUUCUAUGAUGUAAGCAGUUGUGAGGUGGCAGAUUUGUAAGGAAGUGUUAUUUUAUUUAAGAGUCCGUAUCCCCUUGUGUGAGAGGAACCCAGAAGGGGUUCACGUUUGUUCUAAAGCACACAUCCCUUGCCCCUUCACAGCUCAGCUCCUUUUAUCUUAGAAAGAGAUGUCCAUAUAGACAUUGUACAGGGUUAAUGAAACGAACUUUUCACAAAGACGCUUUUGCAAAUGUAGCUGUAAGGUGAUAUUUGAAAAUAACCUGCUCAAAACCAGCCGACAACCUUACAACUAUUUUUGCUGCCAUAUCCUAGAAUUACCAAAAAACAUAGCUUCAUCUCGGUAUGUCUGUGGGGAUCUCCCCUGAGACCAGACUUUCCUCCCCGCCGCCCCCUGCCCCUUUACGAAAUAAUUGUAUUUUUAUCUAGAAUGAUCCUGAAUUAUUAGUCUCUGCAUAGUUUUUAAAAGUGCCAGAGACAUUAUGUAUAUGCCAGUACAAAAGUACUAUGAGGCCAAUGUAUUCACCUGUGUUUACUACUGCGUAGCCUGCACCAAUCUGAUGCGUUUUUGUGUUUGCCCCUUCUUUCGAAGGAAGGGAUCUUGUUAGCUAACACUUCCGGAAUGGUUUCUUGUUGCCUUCCUUCCUACUUCCUUCCCUUUUCUUUCCUUCUUUCCCUCUGUUUCUCUCUCUUUGUUUCUCUCUCGUUUUUCCUUUGAGAAACCACCUUAUCUCUUUUUAGACGUUUCAGAUUCCUAAAAUGUGGACUGUUGGGUGGUCUGCAAUUUGGCCCGCAAACAACUCUGACUGGCCCGUUUUUAUCUGUACCAUAUGACUUUAUUUCAUAAGAACUUCAUGUCUUUGGACUGUAAUAAACAACACAGAAUCUAAGUAAUUCUGAACAGUCGUUUCAAAGACCCUUGUCUGCACUCUUGGUUCUGACUCUUCCUUCUUUCCAGAUUUUGGCCCUUGUGAAAAGCUGUAGUAGGACCUUGCUUUCCCAGCAAAUGAGAUGGGCCAAGUCUCAGCAUUUGGAAUGGCAGAAAAAUUUUCCCAGGGAACAUUUAAUGGGGAAGAGGUCAGUGACUCUUACAGUUGGUGAGUCACUCGAGUCAUCUGCUAGAACCAGACGAGGGUGGCCCACCUGGAGGUCUCUGUGGGGUGUGCUUCCCCCCUUCCGUUGCAAACGGAAGAAUGUAUACGUGUGCAGACAUACGCACGUAGACACGUGCUAUACGUAUCUGUGAGCUCCAGUCCGACGUCCUCUUCAGUUUGGUGACCCCAUCUGAAAACUUCUUUUAAUCAAAAUCACUAAAUUUUCGCUUAUUCCUCAAAAGAAAAGGACCCUGAAGAGAAAAAAUAGGGUAACCUACAUAUAUCAUGAAGCAAAAUAGGGCACUCUUCCCGUUUUUAUUCUAAAUUGUACCAUCGUUCUGAUACUAUUCUGAAUUUAGUUGAAAUUAUCAAUAUUUAUACUUUGAACCUUAAUUUCUGGAUUCCAGCCUGUAUAUAAAUCUCUUGGUGUGUGUGGGGGGAUAACUUUGGCAAUUUGACUUUCAGGCUUGCACAUUCUGAGGUAAAUAAUACAUUCUCUAAUCCAAAAUAGCUUUCCCAGAAGUUUUGAACUUAAUGCUAAUUAUUCUUUUAUUAUUACUACUUGUCAUAUAUGUAACUCUCCAUUAUUAUUUGUGGCCGGGGGAAAAAAAAAAGUUUUCAUAUUUUGUGUUUGUCAUUGUUUUUCUUGUACGUAUGCUAACUGUUGGUGUUUCAUAAUUUGGGGCUUAUAAAAUUAAAAGUUCUACCUUUGACCA